GACGUGAUGACCAACAUUUAACCUGAAAUUAACGUCUACUGACGUUGGUGGCCAGCUAUACAAAUAAAAUAAAACUAAAAAAAUUAAAAUUGAUAAUUAUUUACUGAUAGUUACAUUUAAAUAAUAACAAUUAUUAGACUACAGAAAUAACGAGUCUUCAUAAAAACACAGAUAAAUUCACAUGGAUGUAAGUGGAGUGAAUUGAUGAGGAGUGAUCAGCUGCAGGGUCAGACAGUGAGGGCAGCAGUAGCUGAGUGAGGGAGGCAGUGUGGGGGGGGAGUGGUGGAGCUGUAUCUAAUCAUGGGGUCCAGCGCACUCGCUCCUCAGCUCAGAUGUUUCCUCACGCGGCAGCAGUGAAGAUCAUUUGUAGAGCCUUCGUCUGGACUCCCGCUCGCCGGUUGAUCGCUGAAGGACAGGGAGAGCUCGGCUGGGUGAGGGUCGGUGGGAUUAGACAGUGUUCUCCGCGCUGGAGAGCAGACAUCCUCCCACAUGGAUAUUUACUCCUCCAAACUGCCCCCCGCUGUGGAUUACGGAGCCGGAGCCUUCCUGCUGCUCAUAGCAAUUCUGUCAGUUGUGGGGAAUCUGCUGGUGCUAAUAAUGGCAUACAAGAGGUCUUCUCACAUAAAGCCUCCAGAGCUUCUGAGCGUGAACCUGGCAGUGACAGACCUCGGAGCGGCCGUCUCCAUGUACCCUCUGGCUGUGGCAUCUUCUUGGAAUCAUGCCUGGUUGGGGGGCAAUGCCACCUGUAUCUACUACGGCUUGAUGGGAUUCUUCUUUGGAACAGCCAGUGUAGCCACCCUGACAGUCAUGGCUGUAGUGCGUUUCUCAGUGUCCCUGACUAUACAGUCUCCCAAGGAGAAGAUCAGUAAGAGCAGGGUUCAUGUGCUGCUGCUGGGCACUUGGCUGUACGCUCUGUUAUGGGCUCUAUUCCCUUUGCUGGGCUGGGGCAGGUAUGGCCCUGAGCCAUUUGGCCUGUCCUGCACGCUGGCCUGGGGCGAGAUGAAGGACCACAGCCCUUCCUUUGUUAUCAGCAUAUUUUCCAUGAAUCUGGCCAUCCCAGCCAUCAUCAUCAUCUUCUGCUACUUCGGUGUUGCCCUCCGGCUUUAUGUCUCCUACAAGUCCAUGGAUAAUGGAAACCUCAUCCCCAAUAAUGUGAAGAUGCAGCGCCGGCUCAUGGUGAUUGCCAUUCUGAUCAGCAUUGGUUUCCUCGGUUGCUGGACACCCUAUGGGAUAGUGAGCUUGUGGUCCAUCUACUCAUCAAGUGCCUCAAUCCCUCCUUAUGUCAGCAUGCUGCCCUGUCUCUUCGCCAAGACCUCCACCGUAUACAACCCCCUUAUCUACUACAUCUUCAGCAAGACUUUCAAACAACAGGUGAAGCAGCUUCUCUGUCCAGCAAACAGAACUGGGACAUGCUACGCCUCUCAGCCAAACAACGGUACAGAGAACGCCAUCUACCUGGUGUGUGACAGGAACAAGCACAAAGAAGGGCUGUCUGCACAGCUGUCACUGGACAAGAGCAGAGAAAUCGAGACACAGCUUAACUCUAGUUCAUAUCAGUAGUUCUGGGACUUUCUGAAUGUGGUUGUGAACUUGUUGAAAGGUUUAGAAGUUGUUGUUUUUUUAAUUUGCACAAAGGGAAGAACUGAACUAUGAUUGCAAGGAGCUACAGCAAUUUGGUACUUCAAAUAGCUGCAGUUAAUCAAUGAGACAAAGCUAGAUAUAAGAAAAAUAGGGAGUCGCAGUUCUUUUAUCUUCAUUUUAGUCAGUUCCAAAUAGAACAAUACGUCUACAGAACUGGAUCCACUAGAUGGAAUUACUGCAAAACCUGCAAAAGCUCAACUCCAUUCUUAGCUUGCACAGAUUUGUUUCUCAAGGUCAUCUGGGCCCAGUUUGUGUUAUACGACACAUGGUCAUCUUUCUCACUCCGUUCAUUACAUAAUCCUGUAUAUGGUGGUGAUCAGCUUCAGCAUGAGUGCGCUUGCAUACUCUGACAGCAACCAAAAAACUAUGAAAUAUAAACUACUGGUCAAAUGUUUUAGAACACCUCUAUAUUUUAGUCAUCCAGUAGCAGUGCUCGGUGUCCCAGACAAGCUGCUUUUUUAUUGAGCAGCUAAAGCUGUUGUCAUGUGGGUCAGCCAGACCUCCUCCUGUACCAGUUUUCUCCAGUUGUCAAGAGUCUUUCAAAGGUGAAGGAAACAGUACUCACAGCUCUCUGGCUUCAUCUGUAAUUUAUCUAAAGAAAAGACGUAUACUUUUAAUAGUUACAGAGUUCUCUGUGUUUCUGUGUCUUUUUCUAAUUAUUAUCAGUAAAGUGUGAAUGUACUGUGUGUAAGUGUGUAAAUGCUGAAGUAGAGUCUAUCCCAGUACUGCUUUACUACAGACCAAGGCUUUGUUAAUUUGAAAAUUGGUAAUUUUCAAAGCUUAGUUUAUUUAUAUUGCCACCGUUAACUAAUUAAUUGUUUGCUAAAAAUCACCUCAUCUUUUUUACAAUAUACUUAUAUAUAUAUAGUUUUUAGUUAAUUUCUUUUCCUUAAAGGCCCUGGCAAUUCAUUGCAAAAGUUUGUACACUGGAUUCUGUACCUGACUGGACCUUAAAAUCUUAAAUGGCAAAAAAAAAUGGGGGUAUUCUAAAUCUUCUGACUGGUAGUGUACAUAAGAUACAGGUCUAAUAAUACAGUCAUAUUCAAAGUCACAGUCUUUGACGAUAUAAAAAGUUCCUCACUUCAGCAGAUCAAGAACUGAAAUAUGUCUACUCUAUUCCUAUUGUGAAGCCUGCUUGUGCUGUCUCCUCAUGUGGAAGAGGCAAAAUGAGUCCUUGAAACCAUUUCUGUUGAAUAACUUUCAUUCAGCGUCAAUAUACAUGCCUAAGCAAAGCAGACAACAAAUGUAGUUUGUGUAUAAAGCUGACAAAAGAACUCUUGACAAAUACUUCACCUCAAAUAUCUCAAGUGCACUGACCUUCUUUUUCCUUGCAUUGUUUGUGAAAUUAUAAGUACAAUAAAAUGUCUUAAAACAGAAUAAAAUCACAUGAUCUUAGGUUUCUGGAAUAUAGAAGGAGACAGAAUAAAGUUAUUCAUAUUCU